UGCUGCGACGCGCUCGAGCUCCAGCCGCACCAGGUCGUCGGCGUCAACUGGCUCCUGCUCCUCGAGCGCGUCGGCGCCAACGGCGUCCUCGCGGACGACAUGGGCCUCGGCAAGACCGUGCAGACGAUCGCGUACCUCCAGGUCGCGCGGAGCCGGACCGCGAGGAAGAGCCGCGACGUCGUCGUCGUGCCCGCGUCGACGCUCGGCAACUGGCAGCGCGAGUUCAAGCGCUUCGCGCCGGGCUGCGCCGUCACCGUCUACCACGGGUCGCAGGCCGAGCGCCGCCAGCUGCGGACCGACGGCGACGUGCUCCGCGCGGACGUCGUGCUCACGACCUACACGUGGUGGGAGCGCGACGCCUGCGCCGACGACCGGUCCUGGUUCGCGUCCCGCGGGCCCUGGACCCACCUCGUGCUCGACGAGGGCCACAACCUCAAGAACCCGGACGCGCAGCGGUCGAAGCGGCUCCGCGCGCUCAAGGCCGAGAGCCGCACGAUCCUCAGCGGCACGCCCAUCAUGAACCGGCCUCUGGAUCUGCUGUCGCUCCUGCUCUUCCUCAUGCCCAAGCUCUUCGCGUCCUGCGGCCUCCGCAAGCUGCUGGCGCCCUUCUGCCUGCGGCGCGUCAAGGCCGACGUCCUCGCGUCGCUGCCGACGAAGACCGCCGAGGUCGUCUCCGUGCCGCUCUCGGCGACGCAGCGCGGCGUCUACCUCCAGGUCGCGGGCCGCGGCGCGGCGCUCAAGAAGGGCCUCGGCGACGCGGCGGCGAAGCACCUCUUCACGGAGCUUCGCAAGGCCGCGAACCACCCGCUCCUCCUCCGCCUCGACAACGCCAAGUGCGAGCGGCUCCGCGAGCUGCUGCCGAAGCUGAAGAAGGAGGGCCACAAGGUGCUCCUCUUCUCCCAGUGGGUCCGGCUCCUCGACCUCCUGGGCCUCCUCUGCGACGAUCUCGACCUGAACUGGAGCCGCCUCGACGGCAGCACGCCCAUCACGGAGCGCCAGCAGCUCGUCGCCGACUUCAACGACCCCGCGGGCGAUCUCGACGUGUUCCUUCUAUCCACGCGCGCCGGCGGCCUCGGCAUCAACCUCACGGGCGCCGACACGGUCAUCAUCCACGACGUCGACUUCAACCCGGAGAUCGACCGCCAGGCCGAGGACCGCGCGCACCGCAUCGGCCAGACGAAGCCCGUCACCGUCUACCGCCUCGUCGCCGAGGACACCGUCGACCGCGACAUCAUCGACCUCGCGAACCGCAAGCGCGCGGUC